GGAACAGUGGAAGAGGGAAGCUUUUCUCCUCUUCCACAGGCUCCCCUUUGUGCGGUGGGUUGCUCCUCUUUCUUUGUGAAUCGGAGCGAAACUGUUGUUCUGAAGCAGUUGAAGUAGCAGAGCCAGCAUCCGGAGGGAAUUCCUCUUUUAAGGAACCGAAGGAAAGGGCCCGGUUGCUGGUUGGGUCGGCGUUCUCAGGUUAUUCCGUGGGCGGCGCAGCUUGAUCAUUGGAGUCAGCUUAUUAGGACCGAAAAGGAAGCUUUCACUUUCGCUGAAAUCUGGUUGCUAUUGGCAGGGUUGACGCAUCAUCCGCGUCGCUUAAUCUGCAGUGUGUUUAUCCAGUGGGUUUAUCCCUCUGUCACCUCAUUCAUGAUCAAUCCCUCUUUGGAACUCCAAGUAGUCAGCUGAGCUAGGCGAGCUGUUGAAUCACAAAGUGCAGAUGACAAAGUGAGUAUCUGGAGUCUGACACAGUGGCAGCUUUUGGAAUGGCAGCCAGUCAAUUGGUCAAGCUGUUCCUGACAAUAGUUCUUGCCUUGUACUUUAAUCAUGCAAGUGCCACCUUAGAUUUCAUCAAGUCUUCCCAGCUCCCCAAUCUCGACACAGAGCCUCUGACAAGGAUCGCAUUUGGUUCCUGCAUAAACCAGACCAUUCAGCAGCCUAUCUGGAAUGCAAUUAACGCAUACCAUCCCCAGCUUUGGAUCUGGCUCGGCGACAACAUUUAUGCGGAUACCAAGCGGAACAUGGUGCUUCUGGGGCCGAAAAGAAAUGUGGGGCCGUGGCGACCGUCGCCCCGGUUCGUUCCGGUGUCCAAUGAGGUGAUGGCCAAGCAGUAUGCGCUGCAGAAUGCGCAGCCGGGGUACGUGCAGCUGAAGCAGAGGACUCAUGUCGUAGGUACCUGGGAUGAUCACGACUACGGGCUGAACGACGCGGGGAAGGAGUUUGAGGGCAAAGCAGACAGCAUGCGACUGAUGCUGGACUUUAUCGGGGAGCCGAAGGACAGCCCUAGGCGGAAGCAAGACGGCGUGUAUGCGGCCUACACGUACGGUCCCCCCGGGCGGCGCGUGAAAGUAUUUCUGCUCGACACGCGGUACAACCGGGACGCAAAGUGGAGCGACGGGGAUGUUUUGGGAGAGGCGCAGUGGCAGUGGCUGGAGCACGAGCUCGAAACGAGCGAUGCGCAGAUACACAUCAUCGGGUCGUCCGUACAGGUUGUGACCCACCUGAGCGAGUUGGUCCAGCCAUUUUUCCACACCGAGGCGUGGGGCCACUACCCCACCGCCCGGAAACGCCUGUACGACACGAUCAACCGGUCGCAGAAGGGGGGAGUCAUCCUGCUGAGCGGGGACGUGCACUUUGGGGAGAUCAGCAGAGAAGACUGCGCAAUUGGGUACCGGCUGCACGACCUGACCUCGAGCGGGCUGACGCAAGGCGUGCAGAAGUCGGUGAAGGCCCCCACGCGCUGGCUCAUGAAGCUGGCCGCUGUGUUUGUGCCACGUAUCCGACGAAUAGUUGGACCUUACUCGAACCGCAAUUUUGCGACCAUCUCGAUCGACUGGGAGGCGGACCCGGUCGAGAUCGAGCUGCAGAUCCGGGACGAGGACGGGGACCGGGUGCACAAGCCCGUGCGGCUACGCCUGUCGUCGUUGCAACCCGGGGCGAACGGGCUGCCGCUCGGCGAGGUACGGACGGGUUGCCUGACGGAAGAGAACCUGGUGUGGCACGCGAAAUACCGGCUGGCGAUCGUCUUUAUUGGGGUGCCAGUCCUUGUACUCAGCUACAUUGGGUGGUACCUGUUCCGGAGAUCCCGGCGCCCGUGGGAGCUGUCCAUCAAGAAAGUGGAUUGACAGGGACCAGAGACUCCAUUUUUGUUCUCAUCUUCCAUUCUUUGCGCGGCUCAAGCAGGUAGUCUACUAGGGUUGGUCAGCAUAUGGAUCUUGGCUCGGGUCCAUCUGCAGGAGGGUAUGCGGUCAAAGGUAUGCGUCAUAAGCAGCUACUUAUAGGUAGCGUUGGCUCCGCCCAGGUUGAGAAUGGAGCAUGAGAAAGACGGCAUCUAAGUAGUACUCGAUACUCUUUAGCCUUGGUACAUGGUUCACUCCAGUCUUAUUCGUGUAUUCCUUCGGUCUUUGUGCUUCGCAACUGGUCACUUCUUCCGAAUUGAGUAUGUGAUCAAAAGUCGAGCUCAUUGAGGUUGGACGGCCAAUUCCACUCGUUUCAGUGUAAUCCGUGUCUAGCUCUCUGGCAAGCUCUUCUUC